AGCUCAGUUUGGUGUGUAUUGCUAGAGAAGGUUUUUUUUUUUUCUUGGGAGAGUGCAUGUGAUCAGCUCAAGGCUAAUUGGCACUGUCCAGACAGAAGUCAGGGGUCCUGCAUCCUCCUAGAGCAGAAUGAAAACUCCUCCUACAAGCUGUAACCAGCGCUCUGCUGAACACUGAUAGAAGUCACAAGACUGCUGAUGAUAAAAGGUAUUUAGCAGUGUAUAUUUACUAAAAUAAUUGCAUGUUCAUGUUAUGUGUACUGUGGGAGACCAGAUAUAGUGAAUGCAGGGUCC